AUGCGAUUACCGAAACGGAAUCAGGCUGGCCUAGUCCCGAUGUUCCACACCAGCGUGGCCACUGCCAGUAACCGUUCUAGAAACCUGCACCUGGAAAUUUUUAAAUUGUUGGGGCCAAGGGCUGGAGUCAAGCAUUUCUUUCUCUAUCUCGAUGAUAAGAUCUGCCAAAUGCCACCAAGCACUCUAAAAAAGUCUUCCGCCAACGAGGAGCUUGGUCGCAGUAUCUUUAGUUCACUCUCGCCCCCAGUCAGUGCUGACACUCCUGUCCCGAAUCACGUAUUUGGUAAGAAUCGGUCUACACUCGUACCUGGACAAAAUACAAAUUCCGAUCUGCUAGGAGUCUCCUACAGUAUGCUUACGGUAUGGCGCCACCACGUUAAGAGAAAGAGAAAAUAUUUGCAAAGGUCAACGAAGCCCACUAAUGGACAGGACGGUCAGUCAGUCAUGCAAACCGAACUUUAG